CCCCCACCCCACCUUCUCCAUCCUGCUGGUUAUAUGACUCUGAGAGUUACUGUGUUGGACCAGAUGAGAGGGGAGGACACUGAGGGGCACAUCAUGAAGAUGAACUGGCAUGCCGCUCUGCCUUCUUUGGCACUGUCACUCUUUGUGUCACCAGUUUGGUGCCAGCAGCCUGUAAACUGCCGAUGGGGACCUUAUGGAGAGUGGUCUGAGUGUGAUGGCUGCACCAGAACAAAGGUACGAACUCGCCACGUGGAGGUGUAUGCCCAGUUUGGCGGUAGGCCGUGUUCAGGAGAGGCCACACAAACGCAGUCGUGUGUCUCACAGAAAGCGUGUCUCCUGGAAACAGGCUGCGGAGGCAGGUUCCGCUGCGCUUCAGGUCAGUGCAUCAGCCAAUCUCUGGUAUGUAACGGAGACCAGGACUGUGAGGAUGGAUUGGAUGAGCGAAGCUGUGACCAAGACAACAGUCAGUACUUAUGUGACAUUGACAAAACGCCUCCCAACUCUGACUUCACAGGCAGAGGGUACGACGUUCUAACAGGAAAACUGAGAGGAGGUGUGAUCAACACUCAAAGCUUCGGAGGUCAGUGCAGGAAGGUGUUCAGCGGUGACCAUAAAGUCUACUACAGACUGCCGCAGAACAUCCUGAGGUACAAUUUUGAGGUUAAAGUAGACAAUGAAGAGAGCGAUGAAUCCUACGAGAGCUCUUGGUCCUAUGUGCAACACAUCCAGUCCAACGCGUUGGUGGGGCAUGACCGUCGCACCUUUCACAAGGAGCUCACUGACAACAAGGCGCACAGACUUAUAAUCCUGAAGAAUAAAGUGGAGCUGGCCCAGUUUCAAAACUCUGCCCCCCAGUAUCUGACUCUGUCCGAAGGCUUCUGGAAGGCCUUGUCCUCACUCCCCCACACAUACGACUACUCAGCCUACCGCCAGCUGUUGCAGACGUACGGAACGCACUACCUCUCUGAAGGCUCACUUGGGGGCGAAUACCAAGGAUUCCUGAAGUUGGAUCGUCAAUCACUUAGCUCAACCAGUACUACAGAUAUAGAAUACCAGAGGUGCUGGAGAAAAGUAAAGCGUCGCCUCUUCAGGAAGAAAAUCAAAACUGUGUGUGAAAAAUUAACUAAAUCCUUAUCAUCCAGCUAUGGAAACAAUGUAAACAAUAUGCCCAUCAAGGUCAAUGUCUUUGGAGGAGAUCCAGCCUUAAUAAGCAGCUUGACUGUUCUGGAUUUGGAAAAUCCAGAGGUUAACGGAGAGGCCUAUGACAACUGGGCCUCAUCUGUCAAAGACUUUCCUGAAGUCGUAGACCAGAAGCUGCGACCUCUGUAUGAGCUGGUGAAGGAGGUGCAGUGUGCUGGUCUGAAGAAGCUCCACUUGAAAAGGGCCACUGAGGAGUACCUGGCUGAGGAGCAUCCCUGUCACUGCCAGCCCUGCCAGAACAACGGGCAGCCGCUGCUGACGGGCUCCGAGUGUCGCUGUGUCUGCCGGCCAGGAACAUCAGGGAGAGCCUGCGAGACAGGAGCUGUGUUUGGAGAACAACCAGGAGUGAUACAUGGCAGUUGGAGCUGCUGGUCUUCCUGGGGAUCCUGCUCUGGAGGUCAAAAAUCAAGGACCCGAAGCUGCAACAAUCCUGCCCCCAGAGGUGGUCGCCACUGCAUUGGGCCACAGGUGGAGCAGAAGCCUUGUGAGGAGUCAGACAUCCAGCACUUACAGAUGAUGGAACCUCAGUGCUUCAGUCUUUCUAUACCUCCACCAAAAACCUGUGGGCCGCCUCCAAAUCUCAGGAAUGGAUUUAUUCUGGAUCCCAAAGAUAUCUACCUGGUUGGAAACACGGUGCAAUACUCCUGCAUAGACGGGUAUUAUCUCGGUGGAAACGCCGAGGCCAGGUGUGCUGAAAAUCAGAUGUGGAGCACAGGAUGGAGGGUUUGUAGAAGUGCCACAUGUGGGAGCCCCCCGCUCAAUGGGUUACUCAUAGGCACACCCACCAAAUCAGCGUACCAGAUUGGAGAAACGGUGUCUCUGUCCUGUCCCGAGGGGUCUGUGCUGGACGCUGAGAUGUCAGAGAUUAUAUGCAGUUCCAGUCUCCAGUGGUCUCCCUCUCCCGCCAGCGCUCACUGUAAAGCAGCGCCCACAGCUCCCUCUCCUCCGGCCAACCUGAAGUGUAACAUGUGGGAAACUGUAGGAAGAACUGCGUGUGUUUGUAAAAUGCCAUUUCAGUGUUCGACUUCCCUGCAGCUUUGUGCCAGACUGGGAUCACAACAACCCCGCGUACUAGGCGUUUGUCAGCUCGGAGCCCUGCAGUGUAUAGGACGGAGCUUCACGUUGGCCAGCGACACUGACUGCCAGUGGCCAGCGAAGACGUUCACGGCUUGCAAGGACUGCCAUCCGGGGACAUCCUGUGAAGAAUCAGCGAGGCAGUGCGUGUGCCAGAAUACAUCAGAAUGCCCCAAGGACUCCGCGCCGCUGUGCGUCAGCUCCGGUGUGGACGGCUCUGCUGUGACUAUGAGUGAAUGUGAGGUGGGGGCCAGGAGGUGUGCUGGUGAGCAGGUCAGCGUGAUCAGUAUCGAGGCUUGUCCAGAGUGAAAAAGCUUGUUGUUGUAUUUCACUGAGAAACUUUUAAAAUGACCGCACCGUCAAUAGAAACACAACGUUUUUUGUCACGGAGGACUGAUGAUUGAAGACAUUUGUCUUCUCAGAUACUGUAAAUGCCUUUGUAAUGAGAUAUUUUUGUUAUAGAAAAUAAACAAAAUGUUUUUCAGAA